CCAAUCUUUCACUGAGGGAAACGGGGAAGGGAGGUGGCCGAGAAGGACGAUGUCAUCUCUCCGGUUCUUCGCUCCGACCUCUCAAAACCCUAACCCUAAAACCAGUCACCUCGUUUCUUCCUCUAAGAACGCUAUCACCGAAGCGACCAAUUUCCCAUCCUCUUCCUCUUUUUCUCGUUGCACCUCCCAAUUAUCCUCCAAGAACCCCAGCCCCAACCACUGCAGAUCCAUCUGCUCCUCCAAAAAUGCCGCCUAUAACCGUGCCCGCUCUUCUUCUCCGCCGAAGAGCUCCAAUUUUUUGGGGUUCCAGCUCUUCCGGCCGCGGGAGCACCGGAGGCAGGUCGGAUGCGGCAGGGGAGUGGACGACCGGAGCGACGAGAUUGACGCCCCGCCGCUGUUGAACUGGAAGAAUGGCGGCGGUGGAAGCGGGAACGGGGAGGGUGGGGAUGGAGGAGAGGAGGAGGAGGACGAGAAGGAUGAGGAGGAGGAGGAGGAGAAAAGGAAAGGUCUUUUGCCGGAAUGGGUGAAUAUCACCAAGGAGGACGCCAAGACUGUCUUGGGGGCGCUGGCGAUUUCCUUGGCCUUUCGGACGUUCGUAGCCGAGCCGCGGUUCAUUCCUUCUCUUUCGAUGUACCCCACGUUUAAUGUUGGAGAUCGCAUUGUUGCCGAAAAGGUGACAUAUUACUUUAGAAAACCAUGUGUAAAUGACAUAGUUAUCUUCAAAAGUCCACCCGUGUUGCAGGAAGUGGGAUAUACGGAUGAUGAUGUAUUUAUCAAGAGAGUUGUUGCCAAGGAGGGUGAUGUUGUAGAAGUUCAUGAUGGCAAAUUAGUAGUAAAUGGCACAGUAAGAGAUGAAGAUUUUAUUCUUGAGCCACCAUCUUAUGAGAUGAGCCCAGUUGUCCCAAAAGAAGACUACAGCAUGAAUUUAUGCUUUCUUCACAAAUUAUAAUGGAAUCUUUCUUGGGCAAGCAUCCAAUGCAAUUCAGAGAGCAGACAUGCUGUAACAUAAAUUGGCAACCUUUAGUGGGCAAGAUUAUAUUCUGUUCUCGUUCACCUUUGAGAUAUACUUUUGGUGUGGUUACAUAUAAAAAUCUGUAAUUUCACCUGGUCAAGGAAUCAUUCAUCCUGUAGUUCCAUCAAGCAACCGAGUGGUUCUGCUCGAGUCACCCUAACCAUACAUCUGAUUCCUUGCAAUUUUUUUUGCUACUAUCAAGAACUCUGCCCAUUCUAUGCAUUAUGUUCUGCUUAGGAAUUGUUUUUCCAACUGCCUUACUCCACGGUGCUUUAUUUCACUUUUUGUGAUUUCUUCAGUAUUUACAUAUUGUUUCUUAACAGCCAUUGUGUUGUUC